AUGUCGGAGCGAUGGCAAGCAUUCCUCGAGGAAGUCCAGGGCCUUCGUGAUUUCUUUGAAAAUCAAAAGAAGGUUCUAGAUGUUGCAGGCUUGCAGACGCUGAUGAGCCACCAUGUCCGUCAGAUCCUGUCUAGGGACAACUUGUUCUGCGAUCCUGCUGGCGCCACGGCCUUCACAGAGCUGGUCUCAAGAGGAUCAUGGACAGCAGAGCAGAAGAAAGAGCUGAGCAAGUGGGCCAGCGAUGUGAUCGACACUUUUGCGCACUACUUCAGUGCCAAAGAUGUGCAGAUCCUGUCCAACCCUCGCGAGGACCUCACCAUCAAGCUCGACUGCAUUGUGAGCAGGCUGCAGAAGGUCGGGCUCCACUUGCCCAAAGAACAGACCUGGGGCAAAAUCCUCCAAGCCGCUCAGGCGGCCGGGCUGCAGGUUGAGGAUGAAGCCGCAUCCGUGGCGAUCAAGAGACGGUUGAAGCACUCACUUCAGAAACGGCCAGUCUUGGUCAGCAGCCAUAGGGUGAGUUUCCCCAUCCACCCACAGGACAUGCCCUGGUUCAAGGAGGCCUAUGGGGACGAGCUUCCUCAUGACUUGGAUGAGGCCACUGUGAUGACCAAAAGUGUUAAGCUGCGGAAAAGCAAAGGUGCCAGCGCCUCAAGCAGUGCCUACACUGCACCCCAGGGUGCCAAUGUGCCUCCACAGGCCAUGGGCUGGGAGCCCCUUGCUAUGAUGAUGGCCAACAUGAUGAACUUCCAGUCUGCAGGAUUCCAAAAUGCACCAAAUGCAGUACUCCAGUGGAACAAGAAAAGGAAGAUGCUCGAGGAUGGCCAACCGGCCGCUGACCCACACCAGCCUGAGAAGCCGAAGCCGCUGACAGAAGCUCCGGCCAUCAUGGAUCGGACUGCAGAGCCUGCUGCUACCGUCAAACCUGAAGCUUCACCAGUUCAGCAACAGGAAGCUGCUCAGGAUCAACCCAGCCAGGUUGCAGAGCAAAAGAAGUCAGAAGCUGCGCUGUUGGAGUUGCCAAAGCCUAGCACUACGGCACCACCCAUUCCGAAAGCUGGAGCUCCGUCCGGCAAGAGCAAGCCUAAAGCGAAGGCAAAGGCAAAGGUGAAGAGUGGAGCAAAACCAAAGGGGAAAGCUGCUGCUAAAGCCAAAGCAGGAUCCUUGCACCUGAAAUGGCCGGGCACGAAGGCACAAGAGCCGAUCCACGCACGUGGUCAUAUCAUCUAUGUUUGCCCACAGAGCUCCAACUACCGUUUGCGCAGAAGUGGUGAGAGGAAUGACAAGGCUUUCAGUUGGAAAGCAGUUACUCCUCACGUUGCCUGGAAGCGGCUCGUGGCCCAUUUGUCCGAACAGGAUUAG